AUGUUGAAUUUCUUACUUUGUUUUGGACAAAGUAAAAAUUUAACAUUUUAUACUUCAAUAAAUGCUUCGCAAAAUGCAAAGUGUUCUAUUGAUAAUCCUUGUUCAUAUAAAUCUGUUAUUCUUAAAGCAAAACAAUAUGAUCAUGUUAUUUUUAAUGAUACAUAUAUAUUACAAAACGUCGACCUAUUAGAAUUUCAGUUCACUAUCAAUACUCUGAUAGAAAAUAGUGUCAAAGUCUCGGGUUCAGACCAAAUUACAAUCAUAAAUGGUACAUUUCUGAAGCCAAAAACGGAUUACUUCGUCAUUGCACGUGAAGGAUGCAAAUUGUUUUAUUUUGCCAACUUUGAAUUUACUGGAUUUAAACAUCCAGUAAUGGUAGUUAACGGAGUAGAGUUUGCGAACAUGAAAAACGUCACAUUUAAGAAGAACAUGCUUGACAAUAACUUUUGCAUUGCUCUUUGGACGGUUUCCUACUUAAAUAUUUCAAAUGUUAAAUUUUCCGAAAAUGCAGUCAAUUACACAGCAGUUUUAUUCAUAUCAACUGCCGUAAUCAUGGGAGACAACUUCAUUUUCGAGAGAAACUACGGCGAACAUCUUGGCCAUGAUUGUUUACUUCGAUUAUUGAAUGGAUACCUCCUUGUUGAUAACAUAAUAAUACGUGACAACAGUGCUAAUGAUGCCCCUCUAACAUAUCUCGAUUGCAGAACCGGUGUUUUAUUUUCAAAUCUCACUUUAGAAAGAAAUUAUCAUCCAGAACUGUUUUUAUGCGAUGGAAAGUGUAAUUUCAGUUUCAUUGAUUGUAAAAUACAAGGAAACAGAGGUGUUAUAUUAGAAACUACAGGUGAAGCUUAUGCAGAACUCGUUAAUACUUCAUUGAUAAAUAAUUUUUCGCCGGAUGAGCCGUUAUUCUAUUUACCUAAUGGAACAUUUGGUUUCGAAAAUGAUUCGAUGAUUAUUGGUAACCAUGGAAAGAGCUUUAUUGAUAUGCCGGAUGAAAAAUCCCAAAUUUAUAUUAUAAAUUCGACAUUUGAGUCAAAUAGCUGGGAUAGUUAUGCGUUUGGAUGUGGGUAUAAUGGGAAUAUUACAAUAAGAAAUACUUCUGUUCAUUCAGAUUUUUCAAAAUUUUCAACUUUUAAUGUUGAAACAGGAUUAAUUGAUUUAGAUAAUUUUACAUCCAUAUAUAACUAUAAUUCCCUAGUUAAUAUAACUUCUGGUAAUCUUACAGUUUUAAAUUCAAAUUUCACCGAUGAAAAAGAAAUUGAAUUGUUCUUUACCGAAAAUGUUACUUAUGUUGGUAUAAACAAUACCUUCGCAGGUAUAUUUUAUCAAGAAGAAUCACAUAUUUCUAAAAAUAUGACAAAUAUUCUUCAGGAACAAAAAGAUUCGCCAAUAUCAACAGAGUUGUAA